UGGUCUAAAAUCAAAUCAUUUCCUGUUCAGGAGGUGGACAAUUGUUGCGAGACUAAGUUUAAAAAAUUUGCCCACGGAAGUUAUGUUUCAAGAAAACGACGACGAAAUCAUGAAAGCUUCCAGCAUUUCUUCAGACGGAUCUUCACCUCGGCACAUGUUCGCCUCCUUUGUCAGAGCGAAGAAGCCAGGCUCACAUGUCAAACAUCUCCACUGGUUGCAUACACUUCUGAUGGUCUUCCUAUUGGCAGCACAGGCUUCCAGUAAUGAGACCUCGCUUGCUUUCUCCCCAAAUACAGAGACUUCAGUACACUACUUUGUUGAUGUCACUGUGAAUACCAAUGAACAGAAGAACGAAUCACAAAUCAGGGACUGGCUUAGGGAGGUGUUCGAAAAUGAGCUGCAGAGCUGCGUAUUACCAAUCGAUGAACUAAGUACCACAACUACCUCUCCACAAACUUCAUCUGCAAGUACUUCAAACGAGACAACGCUCAUGACGACAGCGACAACAACAUUGCAAAGCUUUAACACAACUACAGCUAUGGCAACUACAACAUUACAGAGCACAGCGUUAAAACCCCCCACCACAACUACACCUGCAACAACGGUGUUAAAACCCCCCACCACAACUACACCUGCAACAACGGUGUUAAACCACCCCACCACAACUACACCUGCAACAACGGUGUUAAAACCCCCCACCACAACUACACCUGCAACAACGGUGUUAAACCACCCCACCACAACUACACCUGCAACAACGGUGUUAAAUCACCCCACCACAACUACACCUGCAACAACGGUGUUAAAACCCCCCACCACAACUACACCUGCAACAACGGUGUUAAACCACCCCACCACAACUACACCUGCAACAACGGUGUUAAACCACCCCACCACAACUACACCUGCAACAACGGUGUUAAACCACCCCACCACAACUACUUCUAGGAUUACCAAGAGACCUUCAGGGAAUCCGAAUCAGUUCAAUAAUGUGCGCGUAGCUCGUGAAAUUCGGAUAUCCAGUACAAACAACACAACUGGCCUAUUUACAGGAAUUGACAUUUCAUGCAACAACAAGACGGCAAUAAGAACAACCCGCUGUUCUGUGGAGCUGCAGCUGAAGCAGAGGGUCUCUUCCUGUUGUAUCCUUCAGACACUCUGUCUAGCCAGUGGAGCAUCUUCUGACAUCCGUGUGGUGGGGAAAACAGCAGAUGUAACGAAUCCACUACAGUGCAAUAGCACUAUACAAGAGAUGAACAGUUGCACGUUUAAUGGAAUAGUUGACUCAUCAUGCGAAGCGUCCGGAGGUGCAUUUAUGUUUCGGAACAACUCAGCUUACUGUGAUAAAGAGAACAACACAUGCAGCUGCUCUGCUUAUUGCGAUGGAACUGAUGCAUACUACACCUUUACAUUUUCAACACAAGGUUCCCAGAUAAACGAGUCCGACAUAAUGUCCUUGAUUUCUAAACUAAAACAACAUAAACACUGUUCUUCAAGUCCAGAUGUUUCAUGUCCGCCGUCCAUCAUUGCAUCUGAAUUCAAGGAUGCCAAAAUGGAAUGUGAAUCCACAGAAAAAAAAUGCAUGGCGAUUUUAAUCUUUGUCCGUGAGGUUCCUAUCUGUAACGUGUCGGCAGCCGUGGUUGAUGUGUUUCAGUCUGAGAAGGAAAUCAGUUUUAAUGGUCAAGUGACUCGAGCAGCAAUUUGUGGAAAUUCAAUAGUUAGCGACAGUCCACUAAAAAACAACUUCACGCUGUUUGAGGUUAAUAUAAGGCCUGCUUCCUUUUGUGCGUCAAAAGAAGAAUUUCACAACCUCACUUGUCCAAAUGGAACAAAUGUGGUUGUAAAGCUGGAUGAGCAGUGUGUUGUCAACCCACAACCAAACAACACCACUUCUUCUGAGAGCAAAGCCAACGACCUGCUAAAGCAGACCGGAGACGUGUCCCAGCUGAACUCCAGCCAGGUGGCUGAGCUGGUGUCUCAGCUGGAGAAUCUUUUGUCGGGCCCGAACGUCAGCAUGGCUCUGGGGAACACCUCGGUCCACAUCGUCAGCAAUCUGCUGGGUGCCUCUGCUGAGGUGCUGUCUGACUCCUCCCACAGGAUUAUAGGGAUUGUUGAUACUGUAGGGUUGAAGCUGGUUCUUGGUGGAGAGGCUGAGACCCUCUUGUCCCCAGCUGUGGCUCUGUCUGUGAAACCAGCAGAUGGCAGCAACUUUCAGGAAACGUUUUUCUCCAUCUCAGACCCCAAUAAUGUACAGGUCCGUGGGGAUCCCAGGCUGGGCAGGAGCCUGAGAGCAGACUCCACCACCCCUCAGGGCUCCAUCAGGCUGCCCCAAUCUCUCACACAGGACAUGACUGGCGAGCAACAGCAGCUGGCCACCAGAGUCCAGUUCAAUUUCUACCAGGAGAGCACCGUGUACCAGGACAGAUCUUUGGGAAUAAAGAAACUCAAUAGUGGGAUCCUUGGAGCGAGUGUGUCCAACCUGUCAAUCACAGAACUGCAGGACAAUGUUAUAAUUCACCUGAGGAACUCGGAGCCCGUUCCAGCUAAUUUUGUGGCUACAUGUGUUUACUGGGACUUUACAUUAAAUAACAAAUCAGGUGGUUGGAAUCCAAAAGGCUGUUUUGUCCGAAACAGCACAGAUAAUGAGACAGUUUGCAGCUGCAACCAUUUAACCAGCUUUGCCAUACUGCUGGACCUCGCCAGAGAGAUUGUAAUUAGUCGUAAACAGGCCACCAUCCUUACCUUUAUCACAUAUAUUGGCUGUGGACUGUCUGCCAUCUUCCUGUCUAUCACCAUCCUCACCUACUUGGCUUUUGGAAAGUUGCGGAAGGACAUUCCAUCCAAAAUCUUAAUCCAGCUGUGCCUGGCUCUGCUGCUGCUGAACUUGGUCUUCCUGGUGGAUGCAUGGCUGGCGCUCCACCCAGAGGCAGUGGGCCUCUGCAUCUCCACUGCCUGGUUCCUUCACUACUUCCUGCUGGUUACCUUCACCUGGAUGGGACUUGAGGCUGUCCACAUGUACCAGGCCCUUGUGAAAGUCUUCAAUAGCCACAUAUCACGCUACAUGCUGAAGUUGUCGCUGGUCGGCUGGGGUGUCCCGAUGAUUGUGGUCAUUAUUGUCAUUGCCGUUGACAAGGACAACUACGGUCUCGUCUCCUACGGAAGGUUUUCCGAUGGCUCUAGUGAUGACUUCUGCUGGCUGGCAAAUGACAUUGCUUUCUAUGUAGCAGUGGUGGCCUAUUUCUGCGUAGUUUUUAUUUUCAACAUUGCCAUGUUCAUUGUGGUGUUAGUGCAACUGUGUCGGUUGAAGAGGCAGAACCCUCACAAUAUGCAGCACCGCACUACGUUGCAGGAUGUGCGCAGUGUGGCGGGGAUAAUGAUUCUCCUGGGCCUCACUUGGGGCUUUGCCUUUUUUGCCUGGGGCCCCCUUAACCUGCCAUUCAUGUACCUCUUUGCCAUCUUUAACUCCUUGCAAGGUUUCUUCAUCUUUAUGUUCUACUGUGCGGCAAAAGAAAAUGUGAGGACGCAGUGGAGGACCUACCUUUGCUGUGGCAGAAUGAGACUAGCAGAGAACUCAGAAUGGAGUCGCACUGCAACACAGAAGAAUGCAAAGAGGUCAUCAGAAUCCAGACUUACUUCCUCAAACUCCACCCAGUCCAACAACUCAUCCUCGUCUUUCCUCGCCAGUGACUCCCCAGAGCAGAUUAAUGGCAUUGGUAACCCAAUUGAAGACAGAACAACCACAGCAGAUGAAAACCCGAGUAUGGAUGUGGUCCUCAACGAGAUCAACAUCCAGUACAGAAACCAACAAGCGCCCUGAUCCAAAAAUGACAGAACAGUCUGUUUGAUGGGAAGACGAUCAACAACAAGAAGGCCUGCUGGCUUAUUUGUGGCAAUCACAUACAGCUGCUGUUUGGAUUUUUCAGGUCAUCUUGUGAAAUACUUAUAUAUGAUGUUAAUAUAGAAUAAUGUAUGUCCCGUCCGUCUGCAUGUCAUAUGUAUUCUAUAAUUUGUAGUGGGCAAUGGAAAUCCUACAUUAUUCACGGCACUUGAUUUUUACACCCUUUCGUAAUUGUAUUUGCACAAGGGACCUGAACAACCUUUAUUUCUUUGUACAGUGAUGUUAUCUACAUAAGGAGUCAUAUUUCAAAGGUAUGUUGCAUACUUCAUGCAGAUAUUUACCCAUUGUCAACAAGUCAAUAUUAGACAAGCCAAAACUAAUUGUCAAAUAAAAGUAAUUAUAGGUACAUUUGAUUUGGUUUGUGUGAAGUGGGAGUUAAAUGACCUGCACAUUUUGUGACUUUACUAUUUGUUUUUAUUUAAUUUGACACUGACCUCCCUGACGGUGUAGUUUAGCCCCACAUAAUUUAUUUCUUGCUUGUGCACUUUUGACUUAUGUAUUAAACAUAUAGUUUUCUCUAUCCGUCAAUAAAACAUAUA